AUGGCCUUCAAUCGAGUUGAGGUGGUGGUGAAGGUUAAGUUUCAGAAACAAAAUCCGGUGAAUGAGGGGGUUGUGGUUGUGGUUGGAAUUGUUGUUGUUGGAGUUGUUGGAAUUGUUGGAAAGCUUGAUAUUGUUGAAGUUGUUGUUGUUGGAAGGCCGGGAAAGGCUGAUAUUGUUGUUGGAAAAGUUAAAGUAAGUGGUUUUUUUUUUACCAAAAGACCAAGACCUAAUCCUAAUGAAAGUGGUGAAGGAUGUUCCCAAACACCAAUCACCAAUCAAUCAAUCCCUUUUGUUUCUAAUUCUAAUGGAACCCCACAAACACCAAUCACCAAUCAAUCAACCCCUUCGGUUUCUAAUGCAAUUCCACAAACACCAUGCUCUAAUGAACCUAAUGAUAAUGUUGAUUUGAAAGAUCUUCCAAAGGACCGGACGGAUAGGCCAAAGAUUACAAGUUACAAACGAAAUGUAAGAGAUGAUUGUUUUGCACAAGAAAUUCAUUUAAGUAUUCGCCAAGAGAUUGGUGUAGAUGUAUUUGCUUUAUUGGUCGAUGAAUCUAGUGAUGUCUCGAGAAAGGAACAAAUGACUAUUGUUUUGCGAUAUGUUGAUAGUCUUGGCUUUGUGAAAGAAAGAUUCAUAGUCAUUGUGCACGUGAAUGAUACAUCCUCUUUGACACUAAAAAAUGCCAUAAAUGAAAUACUUACAAGCAACAAGUUGACUUUUAGUCAGAUAAGAGGACAAGGUUAUGAUGGGGCUAGCAAUAUGCAAAGGGAAUUCAAUGGUUUGAAAGCUUUGAUAUUACAAGAGAAUGACAUAGCUUUUUAUAUACAUUGCUUUGCACACCAACUUCAAUUAGUGGUUAUCGUUGUAGCAAAGAAGCAUGACAGUGUUAGUGACUUUUUUGAACAAAUUUCAUUGGUGGUUAAUGUUGUUUGUGCCUCGUGUAAAAGAAAAGACUUACUACAGGAACAAGCAAGAGAAAGGGUACAAAAAGGCUUGUGUAGUGGUGAACUUGAAAUCAGGAGAGGGUUAAAAUCAAGAGACUACACUUGUUCGAGCGGGAGAUACAAGAUGGGGUUCACAUUUCAACACACUCACAAGUUUAAUAAAAUUGUUUGCGAAUGUUCUUGUAGUUUUAGAAUGUAUGAAAAAUAUCAUGAUCGAUUUACUGAAACAAGCACCCAGUUACUAGAAUACAUGGGUGCUUUGAGCCAUUGUGAUUCAUUUGCACAAUUUAACAAAUUAAAGUUGUUAGAGUUGACUAAGUUGUACAAGUAUAACUUUGAUGAUUCGGAUUUGAUAGAUCUUGAAGGACAACUUGAGAUAUUUUAUCACUCUUGUAUCAAAGAUGAGCAUUUUACCACUUUGAAAGGAAUUUCUGAGCUUUCUCGUUUGAUGACGUAA